AUGUCAACAUUGAAACAUGCUAUGGAUGGUGAUGAUGACGAGGAUGAUGACGAUUCAUCCGAUGAUGACUUUGAUUUGGUUGUUACUAAAGAAUUGAAACCUGGAGCAAUGUUACCAACAGAAAUGAAUGAUGAUGAAGAUGAGGAUGGAGAUUUUGAACCAAAUCAAGAAGAUGAGGAUGAUGAAGAUGAUGAAGAUGAAACAGAAGCCAAAGAAGGAGAACAAGUAGUUUCCACUACUGAUGAAGAAGGUGAUGAAUCAAAGAAAGAGGGUGAUGAGUCAGAUAAUGUUGUGGAUAAACCUGAAGAAACCAACAUUACUGAUACAUUUAAUGAACCACUUCCUCAAACUAUGACUCUUGCCACAGAUUUACCUGCUGAAGAAGAUGAAGCAGAGAGUUCUGAACAGGAAGAGGAAGAAACAGUUGAGCUUACUGAAGAAGAAAAGGAAAAGCAAGAAAGAAAGGAAUUGGCGAAAAAGAUGGCCCUUAAGAAAUAUAUUGAUGAUAUGAAAGAGGAAGCUAAGGCAGCCCAAGCCUACAUGUCAGAUGAAUGCGAAGAAGAAGAUGAUGAAGGAAAUGUGUUGGACUAUAAGACAUUCGAUGACUUGAACGAUAUGGAUGAAAAGGAAAUUGAAAAAGAAAUUGGAGACUUUGUCACAUUUUCUGAUUCUGAUCCAGAGGCAGAAGACAUUUAUGGAAAUGAAGAAGCAGAAAGUGAAAUUACCGGUCUUUCAGACGAAGAGGAAGAUGAAACCAUGUCCAUGAUGAGCUUUGGAGGAGAUGACGAUGAUGAAUAUGACAUAUUAGGGGCAAGAAGAAAGAAGAUUGUCUCUGCCAAACUAACACCAAAACAACUUGCUGCACAAUUGGAAAAGAAUCAAGAAAAUCUUAAAACAUUACAAAGAAAGGAUGGUGGUUAUGGUCAAUUCUCAUCCAGAGGUUCUAAACUUCUCAAUAUGACCCUUUCAAAGAUUGCAAUCCCAUCCACAUCAAAAUCUGAUACAAAGCAGGAAGUAGAAAGGAAGGAAAGAAAGGAAGCUGAGGAGAAAAAGAAGGAAGCUGAAAAGAAGCAAAUGGAAGCUUAUAGAAAUGCCAUCAAGAAGAGAAAACGUGAAAUUGAAAAACAAUCAUUAUCUCUCGUAGACAAUGAUGAACCAUCAUCAAUGAUGCCUACUCCAUCUUUGGAUUCAAUUUCUUCAUUUUCAAACUCUCAAGAAUUGUUAUCCAUCAUGCAAUCAUCAACAUCCAAACAAGGAAGCCAAAAAGGCCAUAAGAACACCAGUAGUGUGUCCAAACCAUCCUUCUUGAACAAGUCAAAUCAUAACCAAAAAGCUGCCAAACAAUUUGCUGCCAAACAACAAAAACUCCAACAAAAGAAGAGCAAAGAAUCUGUAUCCUUAUUCAAUUCAUCCGUUUCUGAAAAACCAAAGAAAAAGAAGAAGACAACAAAGAAAAAGUAA